GUUUUUUUUACUAUCCCGAUUGUCUUGUCUUUUGUGCUUGGAUCAACAAGAAGAAGGUGCAAAGUUAGAACAUAUUAGGAAGCUACCAUCGUUAGUUAUUUGUUCUUCGCUUAGCGUACUGUUAUGUUGUAGUUACUGAUCCUUUUUCUUUUUGACCUGCUUUGAUAUUGCUUUAUCUUGAGCCGAGGGUCUAUCGGAAACAACCUCUCUACCUGCACAAGGUAGGGGGCAAGGUCUGCGUACACUUUGUACCCUCCCUAGACCCCACUUGUGGGAAUACACUGUUACAGUGGACCAAAAAAAGAUGCUCUUGCUUAUGUUAGGUGGGUGAGGGAAGACUCCAGAUUUUCUAAUGUACUUGUCCAGAUCUCGUCAGCAUUGAACGGGCAUGUCUUUCCAAGAUUGAAGCUGCGUUAUAAGCCCUCUCUUGUACAGCUUUCCCAAGAUGUUGUUUUCUCAAGUGCUCAGUACCAAACUUGAAGUAGCUCAGCAGAAUAACCCACUUUAAGGCUGAUCAUGUGGGAGCUAAGCUCAGCAGAGUAUUUUAGCAGAGGAGGUAGAUAUCAGACACAGCACAUUCAGAUUGCUCGUGGAGAGUUAGAAGGAGGGAUUUCUCACCUUCCUUUGCUUGAUCCAUCAAUGAGAGCGGAACCUUUGGCACCAUCUGAAUGGAGGAAGAGACUGGAAGCUGUAAAUAACACUAAUAAUUCAUCACAUGAAAAUUCCAAUCCCAGUGGUAUACUUCUUGAUGUGAGAAACGGUUAUGAAUGGGAUGUUGGGCAUUUUCAAGGCGCUCAGCGACCGGAUGUUGAUUGUUUUCGGGCCACUUCAUUUGGAAAAUCUGAGUCAGAGGUGAUUGCCUCAGAUCCUUUAGCAGCUGCUGAUAAGGAGAGAACUGAUAUAUUAAUGUACUGCACUGGAGGUAUCCGCUGUGAUGUAUAUUCUGCUAUACUACGAAAGCAAGGUUUUAAACGAUUAUAUACCCUGAAAGGGGGCGUUUCUCAUUAUCUUGAGAGUGAAGGUUCUGUAGGAUGGGUUGGAAAUCUAUUUGUUUUUGAUGCCCGUCUUUCUCUACCACCUUCUACUGGCAAGCCUGCAGUGGAGAUCGAGGCAACCACAAUGCUAGAAGGCUCCUUGGAUGACUCAUUUGCCAAAUGCUAUAUAUGUGGUUCACAAGUCUCUGAGUUGAGGCACCGCAAUUGUGCAAACCUUGAUUGCAACCUACUUUUCCUAUGCUGCGCAGGCUGCGUGGAAAGUUUAAGGGGAUGCUGCUGUUCUGAAUGCACAUCCGCACGUCGACUUAGGCCGGUGCUGACAGGUCAUCAGAGAUACCAAAAAUGGCAUAAUUAUCGCGAUUUUGAGUUGCAAAGCCUGUGACAGCUUGAUCAGUAAUUGAUGUCCAUAUCUUUGAGAGGGAGUGUAGUUCUCGCACUGAAAAUGUAGAUCUUCAGUCCAGUAUUAAAGCCUAGACAAGGUGAUGUAGCACCUCUCAUUGGCCACCAAAUGCAUUUUUCUUUUAUCUCCUUUUUUGUGGCAUUUUUCUCCUCAUUUUCCCUAUUAAUUUUUGUUUAGUUAUUUCCUUGUACAUGUAAGUUGUAACUGCAGCAAUAAUGCACAUAAUGGUGCAAUUAUUGUGUAACAAAUAAUCUCCUUGAAUUACCGGUUACAAUGAAAACAUUGAUUA